AUGGACUCCCGGAAGGAAAUAAGAAAAGAAGAAUUAAACGACAUUAACAAAAAGCUAAAGGAUAAAUUCAUCUUCCUUUAUCUCAUCGCAGUAGGGGGCUUCUCCUGUGUUUACAAAAUUAGGAAGAGGGCAAAUGGACAGUCGCUGGGGGAGAGGCAGCCAGAAGAAGAGGAAGGGGACAAAUUUUACGCUCUUAAGAAUGUGAAAUUUUCUGCUAACCCGUUCAAUUAUGAAAAAAAAAUUAAAUUAAAUUUGAGGGAAGUAGAAUGCCUUAACAAACUGAAGGACCAUCCGAACAUUGUUGGCAUACGUGAGUGUUGGUUGGAGGUGAAGGAGCGUUUGUCGGGGUCUGCGAGAAGCAGGGGUGGGGUAGCCACGUCGUUGUCCGGUCGUGGGAGGGGCCCACAUGAUGGAGGAAUGGCAGCGGGGUGCCACGUGUGGGAAACGCGCUCUGGUAGAAAAGUUGCCACCCCUCAGGGAGAAGCCAAGACAGCUGCACACCCGCGCGACACAAAUGGGGUGCAUCCACCACUUCUUAGCACUCCGUGUGCCCCGCCGAAGAGUAGCAAAGAAAGGGACCAACACAGCAACUAUAGCAACAGCGACAAAGUGAAGGGAAGUACCAUCCCCCAUAUGAAUUUGUUUAAAAAAAAGAAAAAAAAAAAUUUUGUGUUCAAAAUGGACGGAAGAACAAGUCCAAUUUUGCCUGAACAGACAGCAAAAAAAAAAAAAAAAAAAAAAAGCAAAAGUGCACACAUGACGAGAGAUUCCUUCAAUAUGUAUUACGACGCAUUGUAUGCUUUCAAGGGGAACAACAAGGAAGGGGACAAGGACAGGCACCUCCUUAGCAAUACGAGAAGUAUCCUACAGCCUUGCACAACGACCUAUUUGCACAACGGAAAUUCUGACCAUGAGGGAAAUGUAGUACAUGGUUCCCCCUUCCGUGAUAAUCUUUUCUUGGGCUGUAAAAAUUAUUCACAUAAAAGGGAAGUGAAUAAUGGAGACGUGCUCCACAUGCGUCAUAUGGGUGCUUUGCGGUUGGCCAGUCUGUCCAAUGCGCUUGCCUUAUGUCAUCCCAGGAUUUGCAAGAAAGGACAAGCCUCAAAAUAUGCGCACGGGAACAAGUACAGAUCGAGCUCCCCCCACGUGGACACCCCCUCGUCCGCGCAACAUCAGAGAGAACAAAUUAGAGACAUUGGUGGGAGUGCUUCUACGAGCAAAGGAAGGACACCCGGGGCGCGCAUUGGUUACCACCACCACCUCAGUGGGAAUCACCGCAGCGGCAGCAUCCCCAACUGUUCGAAGCGCGUUCAUCAGGACAAGUUCAUACAGUUCCGACACAGCGACACCUACUUCGUUCACGAACUAAAAAAUAUAAUUAAUGACAACACCACAAAGAAGAGGAAGUGGCCAAGUCACAGAAUAGACCUGUGCUACAACGACUACUACUUCAAUAGUCUGUUCCAUUAUCACAAAGGGGAGACCGUGGUGACAAAGAGGCAAUUCAUUAAUAUAAUAUUUUGCACGGGACAUGCAUGCAAACGGGGGGAUACAGUGUUAACCCUCAUGAAGGGAAUUAGCAACUCACCGCGAAGGAAAAAAAAAACAAGAUGCAUACAGAAUGCGAUGGGUGAGGAGAAGAACGAUAUGACACCUGAGUGCCUCAUGAAUAUUAACAACCGACUGCUUGCUGGAAGGAACAGGAGUAUGAUUCUACGUUCUGCUCCGUGUUGUGGGGACAGGCAUGCGCAUCGUCGGCACCACGAAGCAGGGGAGACUGUUCAUGAGGUGAACCAUCCAUGGGAGGAGAGGGAGGAACGUGUGGGUGCUAAUCCCCUUGAGGGAAGAAAAAACUCAAAAUUGAAUUUACCACCCAGGGGCUGUCUUUCUAUGAGGGCCUAUUCACAGGAGUGUCCAUCAUGGGAGGAUGUUUCGCCACGCAGGGGAAGCGGCGUGAAGGUGAUGGAUGACAGUAAAGACAACGAGCUACAUGUAAAGGGGCAGGAGGGAGAAGAAGGGAAGACACCUCACACGACAGAGAGAAUGGAAAGAAGGACAGAUAAUCAUUUUAUUAAAAAAUUUCAACACAAGAGGCAUAACUUUUGUGCAACUCUAUGUGGACGUAGGGAAAGGAGCAGUGCCAAAGGGGGACACAGCAGCUGGUUGGAAGGGGAUAUAAACUGCGCACAGAAAUUUCACUUCAGAGAGGAGCUAAGGGUUGAAGAAAGGACCCUUAGGGAAUUGUCCUCCCAGCAGGACCUUCCCCGGAGUAGCGGCGAAAGCAACUACCUCAACUACUAUGCCUUCGUAUUCAUAAUUAUGAGCGGACCAGGAGUGAAGGAACAAAUCGUUUUACAGAAGAGUGACACAAGGAAGAACCAUCUGUUGUUGCAAAGGGAAGAAGACUUCACCGAGAGGAGAACAAGUCAGUCUAAACAUAACCACUCCGCUAAGUUGAAGGGGUCCAUGAGGAAAGAAAAAGAAGAAAAAAAAAAGGUGCAUAUAUGCUACUCGUUCACCUACUGCAGAUGGUUAAAGGUAUUCAUUUUUUGUAACAAGCAAAUGAGGAGGAAAGGAUUUAACAGAAGAACAAUGAAGGAUGUAAUACAAAAGAUUUACAAAAGAAUAUCCAUUACAACUUACCUACUUGGCAUCAGGAUGGAGGACAAUGUAUAUGGGAACUCUCACUUGCUCGACUUGUGCAUUUCACAUAGUGUUAGGAAGUGGACAGGAAGCGAGUCCAUUCCUUUUGCAAGGAGUACACGACAUAGUUGUUACUACCAUGGAGGGAGUACAAAGAACAAUUAUUUUAUGCGGAAGAAAGAAUUCUUCUACUACCUUUUCAGCUGUCUCCUCGAGGUCAGAGACAAUUGGUACUUCGCACGCAUGUGCGACUACUACAAGUACAUUAACGUAGUGAACGCCUUGCGCUUGAAGAUGUGUCGCUUCGGAAUUUACGUCGACCUGCUUAUGACCUGUACUCUGAAGUUCUUUCGAGGCUUCUACACCUUCAACCGAGCCUUCAAGAAGUACUUCUUACGGCGCGGCAGGUGGGGAAGUGCCAUGGGUUACGGUGAUGGUCGGAGGGAUGAGCAAGACGACGACAGUAGCGCGCAGCGCUGGGGAAGCAUAGCGUUCGUCCUUUCCUGCAUCAAGUGUUAUAAAAUUUUCAACGCUAAGUUAUACACGCUGCUGCUUUUGCAAGUGAAGAGGGUCCAAGCUGAACUCGUGACGCUGCUCACUCUGGUUGACAACAAGUACCUGAACAGAAUCAACCACCAUGCAUAUAGCCACUUCCGAAGUUUAUUCAAGAACAACCUGUACUACUUCAUGAGGGAUGAAAACUUCUUAACUAAUAAAAAGGGCCUCGUGUACCUCUGCAGGAGGUUCUACAACAGGAACGGCAACAGGGCGCUUGUGCAGGAGGUAAAGAAUUUUUUCAAUCUGACCAUCCACGUGUGUAACUAUGCUGAAAUGUUGAGGAUCGUAAAUGGGGGGUCUCUUCAGGGGGGGCAAAUGCGCCCACCACCACAUUCCCCUCAUUUCGCGAAAUCACCACGCACAAACAGGGGGCAGAGAAAAACUCCCGUGGGGUAUAUAACAAAUAUGUACAUCCCCCAUAAAGCCAGCGCCAAGGGAGGAAGAUGGGCAGAAGAGGAAGGAAAAAACAACGUUGGUGAUUAUGUAGCCAACCAUCAUGAACAAAACGCAUGCAAAAACAAACUCGAAAAGGAAAAUCACAAAAUUUUCAUCACCAAUGUAGUAAAUUUUCUCAUGUGUACAAGUCUAAUGAGGAAAAUGUCCUGUGAUGAAAAAAGUCUUUUUACAAACGGCAAUGAAAAAGAAGAGGAACUCAUAGAAGGAUGCUUCCUCCACAACUUUACGAAUUAUUUUAUUUACCUGUUAUAUUACGUGACAAGAGUAAAAUGCAUGAGCAUUUACAAGGUACAUGUUUCUUCUUCCCUGUUGAGAGUGAUCAAUGUGGAUGUGGUAAGACACACCAGGAUGGACAUAUCCUUCCGCAUUACAUUUGUCAACACCGCCAUGUUUAGGUACAACUCGAUGGUCUCCUUUAGGCAGUUUCUGCAGGAGGGGGCGCAGCUCGGUAUGUGUGGUUGCGUCAGACAGGGGGGGAGCAGUAGCGACAGCCGCGGCAGCGGGGAGAUGAACAAAAGGAAUAAAGAAGCAGAGGGAAGUACCCACUUCAACAAUAUCUCCUUCAAGGCUACCAAUUUAUUGCAUGUGUACCGCUACAAUGCACUUGUGGAGAGCUUGAACACGUCGAGUAGCAUGGCCAUUUUGUUCCUCGAACACCACCCCUUGGUGUUUAAACAGCAUGUCCGAUUGGUUAGAGGGGGAGAAAAGCACACCUGUGGAAAGGCAACGAAGGGUAAAAGUACGAAUGUCCAUACCGCUAGUAGAAUCACUCACGGGAAGCGCACCAACAGCAGCGUGCACAAGCGUGUUCACACUCUACAAGGAGACAGCCCCACCAACCGCAGAGUAAUAAAGAUAAAUGGACCCUUCAAAAAUAACAAGUGGGAUAAGAAAUUUCUCUUGAGGCAAAAACAAAAAAGGAUGGAAGAGACACACUUUGUGAGCAGCAUAAUGGCCAUGCCCCUUUCUCGCCUGAUGCAACUCACCGUUGGAAAGGUCACCCUUAAGCAUGGCAAUAGCUAUGUCGUCCUGAUCAUUGUGAAGAGUACUAAUCGUACCUUCGAGCCGUCCCAGUUGACACAAAUGAAGCGUUUUUCGCUCUCCUGGUUUAGCGCAUAUGGAGCGCAUCGCGGGAGGAGCAGGGUCAAGGAAAGGACAACGCACGCGGGAAGGGUCCCACGCAAAAGGAGGCAAAGGACCGCGCGCAAAAAGAAGGCAGACACUGCUCACAUCGCGCAAAGGGGGCAAUGUGCCUUGGCGCACCGAGCGCGGCAGGGCCAUCAGCAGAAAAUGAGAAAACAAGUCCUCUUCGUCAAGUGUCUCCUAACACAGAUCAAUGCGCGGAGAUGGCAUUGCACCUGCGGGGGGGGCAUAGACAGAGGCGGCAGAGGUGACUGGAUGCACAGACCCUCCGUCCACAUCGAGCAAAGGAAGAAGAGAGAAUUCCAAAAGCGCAGCGAAGCGAAUUUAAAGAAAAGGAAAAAUGAAAAAACAAGAGAAGAGAACUUCAGAAACUUCUUAGACAGCAUCGAGUAUUCAUCUGACAGUGGAGAGUUCAAAAUCGUCUUUCAGAGCAGCAGCAAUGGGGAUGAGGAGGAGGUGGGGACAGGGAUAGGAGAGAACGUCAAGGGGGGAAGAGUGGCGAGAAGGUUAGGGACACGCCAAACCAACCGCUUCACCCAGCCGAGGCGAAGAAUGGGUAAAGUACACUCACGGAGGAAGGAAAUAAAAGGAUGGACGCGAAAAAAAAACAAAAGCCUGGUUUACAUUGGGGGGAGAAGAAGUGAAAGAAGCGGAAGAGGAGACAUGAUCGCUCCUCUAUCCCCAUCUGCUAUUUUACACAAUGAGAGGCAUAACAAAAGAUUCUUCUCACUUGUCACCCACGGGCAGGUGUGCACUAGUAUGGAGAGGGUGCCCCUUUCAUCUUGCUCCCCUCUGGAAGAGUCUUUCAAAUGGAAGGGAUUCAACGGAAGUUUUGUUCAAGAAGACAACACCCCCCAUAUGAUUAAACGUAACACUUAUGUGGGUGAGAAUAACUUAUCGAGUAGGCCACAUUUUUGUCACCACUGGGGGGACUUACCAACCAGUUGCAUCUUCAAACAUGCAGAGGGUAAAACGCCCUGUAAGUUGCAUAACAUGCACUUUUCUCCCGAGAGUCCAUACUUUGAACUUACUAGUAAAUGUUUCAACUCGGAAGGAAACAUAAUUUUAUUUCCAUCUCAGGAGUUAGCACCCAUGAGUACACAGCUUCUUUUCUUCCUUCAUUUGCAAAGGCUGCUUGCACUGACGAUGAGAUAUAGAGUGAGGCCAUAUGGUGGAGACAGAUGGGGCAGGCAAGUCAGUUCCGAUGAGAAAAAUGCAAAUGGGCAGAUCCUGCACAGAAUGGAUAAUUGCCUCACUUGUAUUGAUGAGGACGUGGUAAAGAAUUACCUGAACAGUUCAGGCGAAAAUGUAUACAAUGGAGAAAUGAUACAAAGUGAUAUUUUUCGAAAGACAUGCAUUUCAUGUGUGGAGAGAAGGAGGGGUAAUGAUUAUUGUGACUUGAUUGAGGAGACCAACUGUUGUGCAAAAAGGGACAGUACAAGACGGAACAGGAUGAUGCGUGCAGGAUGGAGAAAUGAAGGAAAGUGUAAGGAGGUCAUCAGGAAGCCACACAUCACCCUGCAGGACAGAACACACUUGCUUUUCCGUAACAAAAGGAACGUGCUCAAAAAUUUGAAAAAAAAAAAUAUAAUUAAAAAGAUAUGCCAGAUAAAGACCAGCUACAGAGUGAUGUGUGGUUUAGGGUAUGUGCAGAGGGAAGAGGGAGGAGAAUGGGAAGCCGGUUCAUAUAAAAAGGGAAGAACAAAGGGGAACGACAAGGUAGACACAUUUUUGAUGAGGAGAGGGACACGCAAGGGGAAAAAUAUGGCUCCGUUGCAAGGUCGAAUGCAUGAAGAACUGCACAAAGGCAUGACGCGAUGUUACGGCGAAGGGGUCCUUCCAACGAAGGAGGAAAAGCUUCCUAUGGGGAUUCUUUUUCAGAAGACGCUUACAUUGGGUUCGUACGUUGCGCAGAGCGAGGGGGGUAUUUCAGACCGGACGCAGGAACCUGCUGAGAUGGAUGUCGCAGCGGAGCUUCGUGACGCGGAAGGGGCGAAGGCUCACUAUGAUGGGUACUCAACCAUUUACCGCAUGGCAGAGCGGAAAGAAGAGGCAUCUCUCGGGAAAGGAGGCACAAGGGGUAAACGCGGUCAACGCAACCAAGGUGGUGUAAGAGCGACCCGCCCCGUGGAAGACCCGUCAGUCUGCCCCGGAAGAGGGAACCUAUUAAGAAGCUUGAUAAACGAAUGGGCUGCUUACCCCAGGGGAGGGAAGCUGUACCAACUGGACAACUCCUCCGGGCGAUGUUUUAUGAAGAGCAGGAGGGUAACCUCCUGUCCAGCCCUUUUGCCUCCCUCCGGUGUGAACACUUACCGUAGGGAUGACCUCAAAAAGGAGGUGGUCAUCCAUGUAAGUCCCUGCAGAAAUGUUUUUAUAACAAGUGAGUGUAUGAAAAGGGGCACAAAGGAGGACUCCAAAGAAAAGAGCGUCGUGGUUCUCAACUCCAUGGGUAAGGGAAGGAUGAGUCAUUCUAACAUUGUUGGACCCGACCCCAAGAUCUGCUACCCACGCCAUUGUAUCCACAACUAUACGCGUAAUGGUCAUGACAGAUGCAGAACCUACAAUGAAACGAGAUCUUUAUCUCGAAAGAACCCAUCCCUGGUGCUCAAAAGUAAACUCGCUACGAAGAAGCAACACUUUUUAAAAAAACAUAUCUGUAAGAAGGAGAGGCGGAGAAUAGUAGACAUGGUAAAGAGGAGCUCAUGCGCCCAUGCCCCUUCAGAAGAAAAGUCACACAGAAAAAAUAAAAUAUAUUCGAAAGAGAAUUUCCCAUUUGGCACUGCAAAAAAGGUGGCGAAGGGUUCUUCCGAAUGGCGUCCCCUUCAGAGAGAGUUAAAGUGCAUCACUGGGGUGGAGGGAGGUGGUGGUUUGGAAGCUGAUGAAAGGGUUGUGACUCCCUAUCCACGUAGCCACAACGACGUUAGGGAUCAUGGUAUAGGGGAAGAAGGAAUGAAAGAGAGCGUUAUGAAUAUGAAGCAGACGAUUGAGACAGAGACUCGUGAGAGAGACACUCGUGAGAGAGACACUCGUGAGAGAGACGCUCAUCGGAAGAAGACACACGGACAUGGCGUUGCAACACUCAAAAUGAACAAGAACAAACGGAGGAAGAAAGAAGGACAGAGGAACGAAAUGUACCGACUCAACCUUUACAUCCGCAUGGAGUACUGCGAUAACACCCUAGAGAAUUACAUAAGUGGAAGGACCUACGUGAACUACAAGAGGAACAAAGAAAUAAUACACAUGAUCAUCCUAGGCUUACACUACAUGCACAAAAAUAAUAUUAUUCACAGGGACCUGAAGCCUUCGAAUAUUUUUAUCUGCGACAAUGACGUUGUGAAGAUUGGGGACUUUGGUUUGGCCUCCUACAAUGAUGUGAGCAGACAGCAAAAGUGGUUCAUUCGCCUUGAACACCCCUGGGUGGAAUGCAUACGGAAGGAGCGCACAGAUGAGAUGAGGCACUCGAAGGGGAACAGGGAUACAUGCCACGUGAAUACGUUUACUAAAGAGACAGAUAUAAGUCUGCACAAUCUGCAAAGCGAAUAUCACAUGGAUGAACUACACGUGAAAAGUGGCUCCCUUGGACAAGCACAGAGAAGUGGAGAGGAUCAUUUUACAUGCACUAAAUUGGAGGAGGCAGCGAACACGGCCCAAGGGAAGAAGACCAAUUUGUGGUUCUGUCACCUGGCAGGUGGUGGAGAGAAGGGCACCGAGUAUGGUAGUUACGUCAACAACAGUUGCCACGAUAAAGGGGUAAAUGCAAAUGAUGGCGAUGUGUUCCCCAUUAAGAAGCACUUUCCGUUGGAGGGAAGACAUAACCACCAGUGCCAUUCCUCUGCAGUGGAUUCCAUGUACAUAACGAACGGCAGGAAGGAGAGUAACUUCAACAUUAGUUGUGCUGCUGCUGUUGGUGGUGAUAGCGACGAUGGUGGCUACGCCCAUGAAGGCAUUACGUUAACUGACCUAGUGAAGAAAAUCAUCCCGAUGCUUCUCCAAGGCGACCGGAGAGGACAACCCGUAGGGGUGACACAUAGGCUGGCGUCGCAUGAAGUGGAAAUGUGCAAAGACGGAUCACCUCCCCAAAGCAGCCACACCACAGCCGCAAAUCAACAGAGGAAUAAAAAAAAAAAAAAAUUAAAACUUAAAAGUUACAAUCACCAAGAGGAAAAAUGGCACGAGGCAGCUGGUAAUAUUGCGAACAGCACACAUGCAUCAUCGUAUCACACACUCGGUAUCGGAACGAAAAUGUAUUCUGCCCCGGAACAACUGGUUGGAAAAAGAUAUAACAAAGCAGUAGAUAUGUUUUCCCUCGGGUUGAUCAUUGUGGAUUUGUUCACGAGGACAGAAACGAAUAUGGAGAGGACAGUAAUUUUGUGUAAUGCUCGGCAAAGAAUUUUACCUGACUCGUUAAUAAAAAAACACCCAAGUGUUGCCAAUCUGUGCAAAAAUCUCCUCUCGUUGAAUUACGAAUCCCGAUUUACAUCCGAAGAUUUAUACAAUAAAAUUAUUUCAGCGGGGAAUGUAUUUACCUUUACCAAGUGA